AUGGAGUCCACAGGAGCAGGGAAGAGGCUUUGGCACGUAGUGAGUGUGGUGUUGUACAUGAUCAGGAAAGGCCUCUCCAAGGACAAACUCAUGAUGGAUCUCCACCUCCUCCGCAAGCGCGGCAAGGUCAUCGGAAAAGCCCUUGGCAACCUCAUGACGCUCCUCCAUCACCGUGGCUACCGCCGCCGCCACCAUGAUCACCACCACCAUCAUCGUGGAGUGAGCUUACUGAACUCUGGCUUCUCUUGCCGAUCCCUGGAUCCAGAUGUCCCCUUCUACGACCCAAGGGAUGUGGAGUUUAGCUGCAGUGCGACUCCCACCUACCCUUCCUUCGACCGGAACCACCGCCGCAGCCACCAUCGCUACGAUGAUUAUGAAGCGAUGGCCUUCGCGGAGGCACUUGAUAUGCUGAACUACGAGGAGGACUGCGCCGAGUCGUCUUCCGUGGCACCAUCCCCGUCUCCGGAAGGUAGGCUGUGGAGAUGUCAGAAAAGCCCGGUGACAGAGCGGCGACUAGUAAGGGUUACUGACUCGCCAUUCCCUGUGAAGGAGGAAGAGGGGGAGGUGGAGAAGCAUAUAGACGAGCAGGCAGAGCAGUUCAUUAGAAGGUUCUAUGAGCAGCUUCGUCUUCAGCAGAGGAUGAAUCCAAUGACUCCAGAGUAUGAACAUCGUUGGAAUGAGGCGGCGAUGGGUCUAGCCUGA